AUGAAUUCGGAGAAAGGCUGGUGGGGAUGGGCCUGGGGGGCAGAGAGUACCGUCACCAUCGUGGAUAGAUCCCCUGUAGUUUCAUUCUCCUCGAGACCCGCUGCGUUUGGCGCUGAGAUCAACAGCCCAAUACUUGGAUAUGUCCUCCCUUUGUCGUCUUUCACGAAAACAUGUCCCUCCAUCCCCAAUUCCUUACUGGACCCUCCACCUAAUACCGGUUGCCCCGAUUUAUGUUCCGAUGGACCGCAUUUUCCAGAUGCUUCCGAGUCCUGGAUAGCCUUGGUGCAAAGAGGAAAAUGCGAGUUUGUAAAUAAGGUAAGAGAAGCGCAGAGGUUGGGAGCGAGAGCUGUGGUUGUUGGUGGAGAUGAUCCUGAGGUAUCAGGUUAUCCAGAUACAUUGGUGAACAUGUACAGCCCUGAGGAUGCUUCCGACGUUCAAAUUGCUGCAACGUUUAUCAAAUAUUCUGAUUACAUAGAGUUGUAUCGGCUCAUCUCAACAUCGAAUACCUCUCACGCUGGUCUGCAUACGUUGUCUCUACUCAUAACAGCAGAAUAUUCUGCAUGGGAAUGGUAUUCACCGAUCAUAACAUUCAUCAUCAUCUUGCUGCUUCCAUCCAUAUUAACUUUUGUCACCCUCCUUAUUCACCGCGUCCGAGCUGCACGAGCUGCCCAGAGAGACCGAGCGCCGGAGGAAUUUGUUCAUAGUUUGCCAUGGAGAGUAUGGACCGGUUCUGGCUGGGAGAAACACGAAGGCAUUGAGGACGCUGAUGCAGUUUCCCCUUCAUUUGAUGUCGAUAUCGAGAGUCAUCCGCGUCCUAUCCAUGAAGAAGUUGAGGAUCAAUCUGAAUCCAGCUCUCCUUCAUCUUCAGAUCCCAACCAGGAUGGAAAUCAACCAUGGUUCGAAUCUCAGACGGAAUGUGCAAUAUGUUUGUCCGACUUUGAAAAAGGUGACAAAGUACGCGUUUUACCAUGUCAUCAUCUGUUCCACAUGCAUGAGGUCGAUGAGUGGUUAAUACAACGGAAGAAACUCUGUCCUGUGUGUAAAGCAGACGUUACACAACCUCCUCAACCACAAUCUCAUCAUUCAAGUGUUCCUGCAACCGACGUCACAUCCACAUCACAUAAUGAAGCUACGGAAACAACGCCUCUUCUUUCGAACUCACGCUCUCUGACUGAGGCCUAA